AUGGAGGAUGUCACAGAGGGUCCCCCGGCGCGGGACUGUGCCUUCGACAGUCUAAGGGAGCCAUGGCAGCGCACCCUGGACGAAUCACUGGAGCUUCUCACCGCGCUUCAUAUCGAUGAGCGACACGCACCGCAGUGGCAGGCGGUCCCCCCCGGCCGCGAUGGCGCCCCGGACGACAUGCCCGACGGCGUCUCGCUCGCGGUGAUGCGCCGCCGCGUGCAAAAGACAGACGUGUACCGCGCAACGUGGACGGGCGCCUGGGAUGCGCCGGAUCUGUGCGCCUUUCUUGCCCUGCUCACGUCGCAGGCGCUCGUGCCGCAGUGGCUUCCGAUCGUCGAGGGAUCGCAGAUCCUCGCGACGCUCGGGCUGCACGCGCGCCUGUGCAAGAUGCGCUUCAAGUUCGGCUGGCCUGCAAGCCCGCGCGAUGCCGUCGUUCUUGCGCAGGUGCGGCACAACGCGUCGACGCUCGUCCUCACGGUGGCGUCCGUGCCGCGCACACCGGAUGCGCCGAGCUACCUCCGGCCUGCGCCGCCCUAUGUGCGGGCGCAGGUGCACCUUCUCUCGCUCGUCGUACACCGCAGCGCCGACGACCCCGCGCGCCUACACCUCACUGCCUACUGGGCGCUCGAUCCUCGCGGCUCGGUGCUAGGCGUGCGGCCCAGCGCCAUGGUUGCGCCGCUGCCGCGCAUGCUGCCUGCGUUCGUCGAGUGUGCGCAGGAGAAUGGCACGCGCAUUGCCUACGUCGCGCAGUACGGCAAGGGUAUCGAGAUUUCCACGCAGCGCGCCGAGCCCGCGCUGCACCUCGAGUACGUGGUGACGGACGGCGAGGCGCCGGCACGCGCGCUGGGCGGCACGCAUGCCGUGCCCAUGCCUCCUCGCACCCUGCGCAUUCGGCUCGCGGCCGCGCAUGGCUGGGACGUGCGUGUCGUGCGCCGCUCGCACCCCGGCGGCGACGUGCACGCGAGUAUGGCGCGCAGCGGUGCGUGGUACGAGCUGGACGUGCAGCACGGCGCGCUGGACGCCGAUACGACGGUGCGCAUGACGCUGGACGCGGCGAGCGUCGAGGCGGACGGUGUGCGCUUCAACGGCGAGGCGCCUGCCGAGUCGCGCGCGUCCGAGGCGGCGGCCGAGGGCGAUGCCCUGCUCGAGCGCUUCGCGCAGGUCGACGAGCGUGCACCGAGCGCGAAUGACCAGCGCCGCGUGUCGUCGACGUCGUCGCUGCGCCCGCCGGAGCUCGGGGCGCUUGCGUCGACGGUGCGGCGCAACUAUGUGUAUUUUGCGUCGCUUCUCCAGGAGCCCGAGGCCAAAUGGACGCGCGUCAGCGAUACACGAGGCGUGACUGUUACCCAGCUGGACUCGAUUGACCCGACGCUCGUCGUGUACCGCGCCGAGGCGACGUUUGUGGGCCUGAGCGUGUGGGAUCUGUACAGCCUGCUGAGCACGCCUGCGCUUGUGGCGUCCUGGAGCGACGGCGUCGAGCGUGGCGACCUCCUGGAGGACCUCGGCGGGCAGAGCAGCGUGUGGCAUGUCGCCUACCCCGGCUCGUGGCCGGUGAGCGCGCGCGAUGCGGCGCUCGUGCAGACCGUGUACAAGUCGCCGACGUCGAUCCACCUGUUUUCGUUCUCGGCGGACGAGCGCGCGCCGCCCGCCGCGGCAGGCACGAUCCGCACGCACGUCGAUCUGCAGGGCUGGAGCAUCGAGGCGCUGUCGCCGACGACCGUGCAUGCGACGCUGAUUGAGCAGAGCGAUCCGCGGGGCUGGCUGUCCAAGACGCACAUCCCGCCGCUCAUGGUCGCGGCGAUGGCCGGCGCGGGCGAGCGGGCGAUCAAGUACGGUGGGCCGCCGAUGGUGUCGCGCAUGCUGAAUGCGCGUGCGGUGGCGCAGAGCUACCCCCCCGCGCUGGACGCGUUCCACCUCGAGUACGUGGCGCGCGCCGACAGCGCAGCGGACGCACUCGAGUGCGAGCUCCGCUGCGACAUGGAGCGCUGGGCGCCCAACGUCGAUAUCCGCGUGACGCCGCCGCCGACGGCCGUGUCGUGUCUGCGGCGGCACUCGCUGACGGGCAGCGGGGGCCUGUGGCUGACGCUCGAGCAUGCGAAUGCUGAGCGUGUGCAGGUGGACGUGCGCAAGGGGCCCGUCCAGAGCGUCGAGCACGGCGUCGUGCUGCUCAACGGCCUGCGCGUCCAUGUCGACACCGAUGAGCUCGAUGCCGCGCAAGUG